UGUGAGGCAGCAGCUGUCUCCAUUGCUCGGCCCACCACCAGACUGCUACCACCGCCAUCGCCGCCGCCAUCACCGGUCCCAUCACGACCGCCAUCACGUCGGCCACCGCGUGGCGUCGCAUCAGCCGCAUCCUUCCGGGCCUCGCGCCUCGGUUGGGUGGGGCCGCGCUCGCUCCGUUUCCGCCGCACGGCGCGCGUUCCAUAGCAGCUGCGCCUCCCGCCAUGGCGGCGCAAGAUGCGCCGCCGGCGCUCGACGGCGAGGCGGCGUACGAUUACGACCUGGUGGUCAUCGGGGGGGGCUCGGGCGGGCUCGCGUGCUCCAAGGAGGCGGCGAAGCUCGGCAAGAAGGUGGCAUGCUUAGACUUCGUGAAGCCAACGCCGAUCGGCACGCAGUGGGGCCUCGGAGGCACGUGUGUGAACGUGGGGUGCAUACCCAAGAAGCUCAUGCACCAGGCGGCGCUGCUAGGCGAGUCCUUCUCCGACGCGCGUGCAUUCGGAUGGGGCCUCCCGCCCGCCAUCAACUUCGACUGGGCGCGGCUGGUGCAAGGCGUGCAGGACCACAUCGGGUCGCUGAACUGGGGGUACCGCGUGGCGCUGCGCGACGGCAAGGUCACGUACGUCAACGCCAUGGGGCGCUUUGUGGACGCGCACACACUCGAAUGCACCACGCGCGCUGGCCAGGUGUCGCGCAUGACGGCGCAGCGCUUUGUGAUUGCGGUGGGCGGGCGGCCGCGCUACCUGGGCGUGCCGGGGGACAAAGAGCUCUGCAUCACCAGUGACGACAUCUUCUCGCUGCCGCAUGCGCCCGGCAAGACCCUGUGCGUGGGCGCCAGCUACAUCUCGCUGGAGACGGCGGGCUUCCUGGCGGGGCUGGGCUUCCCCGUGUCCGUCAUGCCGCGCUCCAUCCUGCUCCGCGGCUUCGACCAGGAGGUGGCGGAGCACAUAGGGCUGUACAUGGAGCGCCACGGCGUCACCUUCAUUCGCCCCGCCGUGCCCACACGCUUCGACCGCACUGCUGACGGCAAGGUGGCGGUGUCGUUCAAGCGCAUGGAGACAGGUGCGGAGGGCAGGGAGGAGUUUGACACGGUCAUCAUUGCUGUUGGCCGGGAUGCGCAGACAGAGGACCUGAACCUGCCAGCAGCGGGCGUGGACGUGAAUCCGCUCAACGGCAAGAUCAUAGCACCGGACGAGCAGACGUCGGCGCCGCACAUCUACGCCAUAGGCGACGUGCUGGACACGCGGCAGGAGCUCACCCCUGUGGCCAUCAAGGCCGGCCAGCUGCUGGCGCAGCGACUCUAUGCGGGCGGCACUCAGCGCAUGGACUAUAACCUGGUGCCGACGACGGUGUUCACGCCAUUGGAGUACGGGUGCAUCGGCAUGGCGGAGGAGCUCGCCAUCGCCACAUACGGCCCCGACAACAUCGAGGUGUACCACUCGUACUUCAAGCCGCUGGAGUGGCAGGUGAACCACGAGGAGGCCAACGGCGUGUCGCACAGAGAGGACAACGUGUGCUACGCCAAGCUGGUGUGCAACAAGCUGGACAGCGACCGCGUGCUGGGGCUGCACGUGGUGGGACCCAACGCAGGGGAAAUCACGCAGGGCUACGCAGUGGCGAUGCGCAUGGGAGCGUGCAAGGCGGACUUUGAUGCGACGGUGGGCAUCCAUCCCACCAUGAGCGAGGAGUUCACCUUGCUGCGCGUCACCCGCCGCUCCGGCCAGAGCCCCUACAAGACCGGCUGCUGAGGCUAAGCGCCCGCUGCACUCUCCCCUGCACGGCCGCACUCUCUUGUCUCGGCUGUCUGCCUCUGCACAUCGUGUGCGCACAUGACUGCCGCACACAGUGUGCGCUUGUAGGAGCAGCGAGCGGGAGAGGGUGGCAGCGGGGUAGUGGGAGACGCAGCGGGAGUGCAGCACACUGGUGGGCUUGCCUCGUCCCCUCAGGUUGAGAUCCCAGCUGUGGGUCUCUCCUGUAAGGGGGGCGGUGCAGCAAAGGGGUGUGAGGCAGAGAGGGCGUUAUGACGGCGGUCUCCUCAAGGCCCGCGGGCUCGGAGCCUGCCUGAACCACCCUUGCUCUCACGGCGCGUGCCGAGGAAGGGACGGCGGAGCAGAGGGGACAAGGGGUCCUCCUGACCUGUCCUGCGCUCACACGAGUCUGCCUUCCCUUCCGAGGCGCAGCCACGAGCAGCAAGCGGGCCUUCUCAUGCCGCAGCAGCUGCUGGAGAGUGGCACGGUGACACCGCUUCCCAUGGGUGUUGCUGGUGCCGCCUCCACAGCACGCGGCCCCUACCGCUGGUGUGCUUGCCUAGUGACCAGUACUCGAAAUUGCCGUACCGGUAUGUUCAUGUGAGACGAGCAGCUUUGCAAGCAGGCACAUCGCAGGCCACACGAACCGUUUUUCUCAACACAUGUUUGAUUUUCAUGCUUGUGUUCAUAGCACCAUGUCAUACAGGAAUCCUGGGCUGGGAUGCGCUAGGAAACAUGCUCAUGCAUGCAUGUGCAUCUAUCAGGCGUACUACCACCAAUGUGGUGGUGCAGAAAUGCAGCUAUUGUAGGUCUUCCUGUGGUAACCCGCCUCUUCUAAGCUGGAAAUGGGCAGGCUUGGGUGCGCUGCCCUUGAGGGGCAUGGCGCUAUGUCCCUGAUU